AUGUAUGGUACGUUGGCCACUAAACAACCAAAAUCGGUCAGCUACUCGUCUACUCAGCUCCCCUUCUUCGUGCCAUUUGAGUUCGGCAGCAAGCACACCAAGAAGGUUCGGGUUGCCAUUCUUGUUGCAGGAGUCUGCAGCCUGGUAUUCACAUUUCUUUCACUUGAUAUCUGAAGAUUUUCUCUAUUACAAUGAUUUCUGUUGGCGUUAGGGAUUUUUUGAGUCCGGCUGAUACGAGAAAGGUGCUGGGCAUUUGUCAAUUCACGCGCCUCAGCUGGAGUCUAAUAAUACUAGGCGCAGUACUUACUGGCAUGUCUUGCUUCCAAAUUGUCUCUUCUGCGAAGCCACCGUUUAAAUCCGAAAAACGGAUACGGAGUGAUCUAUGUGUACGCAAACAUUUGUCUUGCCCCUCAUUUCUAGCUCUUCGUUUGUUCUCUCAUUUGCAGUGUCCUAUUCCUCGCUAGUGGUGUCACAUCUUUCACACUGAUCUCAAGCGUACGUGUUCUCAACGACUCUUAUACUUGUGUUUUUGAUCGGAGACCGCUCUAUGCAUUGCAGAAAUAUUUACGUGCAAUCAUCCUAUAAAUUUUAGGAAUUUAUACAUGGAGAAACAAUACGAGUCAACCAUACGAACAGUGUCUGUUUGUUUAGGCCUGUCCGAUUAUAUAGGAGUCCAACCACAUAGAUAGUGAAAAGACAACAAUAAGCGUGCGCCCUUCGUGGUUUCCAAUUUCGCAUCGGCCGCAUUCGUCCCUAGCUAGAAACGGGGCAGCGCUAUCUCGGGACAAAGGUGGAGCGCGUGAUAUAAAGGCGGGAGACCUUGUGUCGGUUUUUGGAUUUGCAAACAGAGGUCCAGACCCAGACAGUUAUCGUAUUGUCAUGUUUCCGACCUACACCAUUGCUCGUAUGCUGCUAAAGUCUAAUUCAUGAUCUGCCUUCAGGAUGCUGACAGUAAAUCGAUAUAACAGGUCACCCCAUCGCACUGCCAGUUGGUGGCCGUUCAUUUGGGUCACUGCUGCAUGCUCACCUUCAAAUUCUCCUGUUGGCUGGAAACUCCUACAGUCCGCAAGAUAGCAUAUAAUUAAAUCUUGAAAAAUAGCAAACUCUGUGCUUGCGAAAGCCCCAGUAGGCUUAUAACUUUGUGAUUCAAACCACAAAAGGCCGAAAUUAGACAGUCGGUCCAAAUGUUCUGCCACCUGGGACACUUUUUCCCCUGAUUGUCGCCAGACACAAGGAGUUUAGUAUGCCAAUGUAACUUUUAGAUGUCGUUCACUGCCUGCGCCCUCCAGUUCCAGUCACAGAAAGUAGAAUGCAUGCAGGUACAAGGUCUUCAAAUUCAUCAGUACUUAAAACUGUGUCGUUCAUCAACUGGUGGACUAUAUUAGUAAUCACGAAGUGGGUUCCUAUCUAUUUAGUGAAUAGGCGGGUGGUGCAGACUUUGAGGACUUGUUUUUUAAACCAUUUUCGAGUGGGGAUGGUCGUGCGUUUUGUUCAUUGUAACAAUGACCGUUAUCGGGGCUAUGCUUAUAUUUCGUGUUCAAGUAGACCAUGUCUGAAUCGUCCAUCGUUAGGUACCCUUUUAGACUCUGAUCUGUGGUAGCCUGUCGGCAGCGGGUAAGAGCGCAUCUCAUUUCUCACGUCGAACUUUAUCUUCCAUUUGAAGGUUGGCCCUUCCAUUGAAAGAGCCAUCGACGAGCAAGUCAUCACUGCUUAUGGCUUUGAUGGUGAGGUGACGAACGUCAUCGACAAUCUGCAAUUAGAAGUAAGCCACUGAUGAUUUGAAUGUUCACUUAUUUCCUAACUAUAUUUUAUUCGACUAGGUUUCUCCACUGAAUGAUCGAGUCUGUUGACUGCACACCGUUUUUAAUUUAAAACCCCCCAGUAAACGGCAUCUCUAUUACACACACAAGAGGGACUUUGUUUCAUAUGACCCGUUUUCCUUCUUUUUUGUUCACCAUUUCUUCGCUUUGUUUCUUUGUUGUCAUUCUACUCCUGACCCUUAGCCUCCUCUUAAGGUCUUUGUCACUGUUUAAUCGUUGCAGCCGUUUCCAAUGCUCUUUUUUGUUUUUCUUCCCCACCAUCCUUUUAGCGUUCCUUUCUUUUUUCCGAUAUACGGUGUUAGCAGAUCCUUAGUCUCAGACUCCAGCGUAGCUGCUGUAGAUUAGUUGGUGGGGUAUGAAGACGAGAUUGAGUGGAAGAAUUAUUUGCCAAACAGUUGAAAGUAGACCCUUCGGAGUGAUCUCCCAUGAGUAUGCUCAUCCUUGAUCUCCAACUUAGGUCGGCCUAGACUUUUUAUCUAACAUGGUAGCGAUUCCAACAGGAUGGAAUAUGUCCUCGCAGGAUGUAGCUGUCUCCAGCUGCUAGUGGAAAGUACCCACCGCACAUAUGAGGCAACUUAUUUAGUUUUCAAGGUCUUAGAAACUGACCUUAACAUGCUCAUUUUUUUAUCGUCGAGCCGUGAAUUAGCCAUGCUAACAAACUGGCCUUCCUUCGGAUUCGUGUUUGUUCCUCUAGUUGAGAAGACAGGACGACGGAGACGUAGAGCACAGUGGGACUGAACCAUUGGGGUAUAAUCGAGUUUGGUGGCCUUUACUGCUCCUUCCUGUGUCGUUGAUUUGGCCCAAAAUUUGCAGGACGUUCGGCUGGACGACUAAACCAAUGCUGCGCUUGAUGGCAACCGACGCUAAUUUGCGGUGUGUGCGAAUCUCCUUAGGUAGGCAAUGCGCGUAGGCUGACUUCCUUUCCACCACAGAUUUGUAAGCAUAACAGGGUAGGAUAAGUGGGUGUCGUCAAAUUGUCAGCUAGAAGUUCUCGUCGAUGUGACUUUAAGUCCGGACCAUUUGGCAGCGUCACAAAGUCUCCUUGCAAAUUGACUUUUCAACUUCUGCCAUACCUACUGUGUUGCACCCACCGCUUUCAUAGAUGGCGGCACGAGUGCAAACACGAGUCGCAGCAAAGUGGCAUUGAAAUAUUCGCCGGCGAUUACCGUGGACUCCUGCCAACCAGACCAUCGGUUAACUGGGACAGUUAUUUAUUCGAAUCAAAUAGUGAUGGACAGAAUCAAGUGGUAUGUGUUACCACAUGUUAAUUCCGCGUAGUUAGGACCACCACUCCGCAUACAUGAUUGAACCGGUGAUUAUUUCAGGUCAGAAUUCAAGUAUAAGAGGCUGACAAACCAGCGUACAUUUGGGGCAGAGCAUCCGCUUGCAGGCAGUUCGGUCAAGUCAACUGCAGCAGACAUGACAACUCACGUGCUGAGGCGAGCAGCCCAGUGAAGUGCCGCCGAUGGUGGCGACGUGUACACUAAGCGGUUAACUAAACGGCUGGGGUCAGUUAAAGUGGUAAGGGGAGGGGAUCACUCGGCGGUGGGCACUUGUGAGGGGGGAGGGGACGAGAGGGGAAGAAGAGCAGUCCUGGCUCCUUUCGAUAACUUGCAGUUCGCCGGUUUGCCUAAGUGAACAUCCGUCUUUCUUGGCACCUGUGCGCACCCACCUACUCACACGUGACCAGUGUACUAAGAAAAACUGUAAGACUAUCAGGCCAGUUUACCCUACUGGUCGAGGUAGGAUAUCAACCGCCGGACACUGGUCAUCGCCAACUGGCAGAUAGAACGGGUGUGUCAAAAUAUAGAAUAAUGUAGGCGAUACUAUAGUAGGAUAAACCGUAAGAGGAGCUGGCAUUACACGAAAGACCCCAGGGGACAUCCCAAAAACAGAAGCAAGAAGUGCAAUACUCAGAAGUUGAGGAAGCCUUCAACUGGCGGUCCUGAGUUGUAACUCCAGUUACACCGGUUAGACCAGGUGCGGCUAAUAUCGUGCCAAUUACAGGUACUUGAGUUGUUUGAUUUUAAAAGCGGACACGCGUGAACAUAUGAGCAAAUCGAUCUGAAAAAUAUGUUGGCUUCCAGGAUCCCCACAUUACUUCUUACAGCCUUUGGGCUGCCUUUAGAUGCCAACAGUAUACUUAAAGUGCCUCAUAUCUCACGUGUAAGUUAACCGCCAUGUGGUUCCUUUUGUUGCUCGAACUGUCAGUCGGGUGCCAUUGAGAUCCUUUGGACUAACAGUCAGGUGUGCCUAUAGGACGGUCUUCUUUGGGAUGAUUCGUUUCGUUCUUUUGCAUUAUCGAUGGCUGCGUCAUUUCACACAUGCAGCCAUUCUGAAUCACUUAUGGAAAGUUUCUCCCGUGAGACCGUUGCUCCGGAUCACACUGCAUGUAAGGAACUGCGUAUGGAGGUGCAACUGUCUAGCGAAUUUUUCCACUAAAACAAGUUUUCACCCACUGCAUAAAUUAGCCAGCCUCUGUGCUACUCAAAAUAAGCACUUAAUGCUGUAUUUUCUCCAUUUGAUUUGUGCUUAGCAUGCAUGCUGCGGAGGUUCCAACUACGAGGUCUACGAAGAGUCACGCUGGGCCUCACACCCAAGCGAUAUCGUUCCCAAGUUGGGUCUUGUUCCUGAUUCCUGUUGUGUCCGGAACGCGUCCACGUUAGAAAUCAUUGAUCUGAAGGCCUGCCACGGCGACACUUUGACGCUCCCCAACUCAGUAAAUUCGAAUGUACGUGUUUACACAGAGGUUUGGACCGUAACUACCCAUUAGUGCAGCUAUUAUUACAAAUCCUUCCGAUGAUAGCUCCAAGAUUCUCUACGUAGUCAUGCUGUCAGUUUUAACCCAUCGAAGAGUUUGGUGAAUGCCACAAAGAGUGAUACAGACAUCUAUAGUGACGCAUGAUAGAGUUGAUUGGCUUGUUUAAAUUUGACCCGACAACCGACCCGAACGUACAUGUUCAUAGACACCUAUUUGCGUCGGCUGACUCCUCAAACUAACACGAAUGAUCUCAUCCUAAUCACGUUGUUUGAAAUCUACUGUAAAUAAACAUGGCUAUUUGUAGCUGUGCAAUAUUUCGCCUUAAACAGGCGUACUCCAGCGAUACUGACCUUUUCAACUGAGCCCCUGGAUUGAAAUGCAUUUCGCAUAGCAGGUGGCUCCAAACAGCCUUUCCUUGAAAAUAAAGUCGCACCUGCCUUUUCAAAAUCUUUAUAAGUCAACUGCUCCUAGAGGUCCUUGGUCCUAUUUUUGCUCUCCCUGUUAAGGAAAAUUUACGUCACCUACUGUCCUCAUUUAGUUUCGUCUGAGCUGCUGGUGUUGUUCGCGGACAUCCACAGUCCCAAAUUUCUCCAAGACCUAGAACAAGGCAUACCCCGCCUUUCAGAGUCAUUAAUUUCCAGCUGUAUUCUGCGCAACAUGUUGCAUUGCACUUGUUUCCUGACGAAGACCAGGCAAGCCCUGCUUGGUCGGCGUCCUCACGAAAGUUACCAAAAUCGCAAAAAUUAAGGAUGCGCUAGUUAUUCAGUUCACCUUCAAAAGUGGUGGUGGAUAAGUCUGAUAGUAGAAGGAGCCACUGUUAUUAGGUUAUUCUCUUAGGAAGAGUUUGCAUUUCAUCGAUAUUUAGAUCAUUAGCAGUAGUACGUUUAGGGAUAACUGGGCUUUCAGUGCGCCUUGUGUUCCGAUGCCCCAACUGUUAUCAUUGAAUUUGUCUGUCCUCUCUUCUAGGGUUGUGCCCCCUUUCUGGCGGUGGAUGAUAGAUACAACCUCCUCGUAUUUGCGUCCUGCUCAAUUGCUCUCUGCGUCUGGAUGGUGAGUUGACAUGGCACUAAACUUUCAUAGGCCCACUCGAGUAGUUGGGCAAACAAAGUUUCACACUCACUUGCACUGUCUACCAUUCACUCACAUGAAAUAGGCUUCGUAAUUGCUGGUUCAGUCACAUUGCAGAUUUGCGGCAUAAGGAACAAUCGCCCUUCCUUUGUGGUCUUUCGGCAGCAGAAGUUGAGUCAUUUGGAUGACCUCUCCCCCAGAUCGUCACAGCUCAUGACCAAGCUCCCUUGUCUUUGUCGGUAAUGCCAUUCGACCUAAUUAUUGCAGGCGACAAGUAGGGAGACCGCAACUGGCCAGUAGUCCUCUUGACUGAAGAUACAGCCGUUUGCUGAAGACACGAUUAGACAGGCGAAUUCGGAGAGUUCGGUGGAAGCACCACCGACAGAAUACUUUCAGUGGUAUAACAUUGUGGCCUACGUGGGCCCUGUAUCGAAUUCGUCUGAAGUUGCAUCGGAGGAGGCCGCAGAUAUUCUAAGCGUAGUCCAACGCCGAUUCCAGUCUUCCACGAAGCCGUUCUGCGGCUUCAUGCGACUGGUUGUUUAAAUGGUCACUUUCUUCCUUUGUGCCUUGGAAAAUCAUUUCGACCCAAGGUGACAGAAACUGUCCGCUAGACCAGGAGUUUCAAUAUCGACUGCGACUAGGCAGCUGCUUCCAACCACGAAGUCCGCAAUGAUCGCCUUCGUCUUGGGGAGUCGAUUGUUGGACCUAUUUCGCUUUCCCUCUGCCGUUGAGCUUAUUUGGGAUAUACCUCACCGAGUUUCUGUAAGGGAACACGUCAUCAGAGUAGUAUUACCUUUCUUGAUGUCUUCCUAAUAUGCAUGGAAGCAAAAAGCGACACUCGUUUAGCGUCAACCUGAGUAUCUUGUCUCGUUUCUCAAAGUUCCAGAUAUGUCUGAUGGGCAAAAGGACGUCACCGGCAUUAUUGCUGGAACCGCGAUCCGCCGUGGACUGCCAGUCAACCAGGGAGCCGAUAGCUAGUAGCCGUGAAGGGAUUGGAAAGUGGAUAAUUCGGUUUUAAUAUCCAUGCUUGUUGCAACAGUACCAGUAUUUCGGACGACUAGGUUGGCCUUUCCUCAACUCCUUUAGAAGGAUGGACUCAAGUGCCGACCAUACACUUGAGUCAACAGGAUUUUUUUUAUUCAGACAGUCUUAAAGCAGUCUCUGGCUCUAGCGUUUGGAUAAAUUUGAUUGGUGUGUUUUUCCUCUGUCUUGGCCAGUUCCUCGCCCCUGUUUUUUCCUCUUCUCCUUUUGCUACCUCUCCCCCUCUUCCCAUUUUUCUCCUUUCCCCCGAACUCCGCAUUGCUUCCCCUCCAUUCUUCUUUUCCCACCAUCCUUAUCCUUUCUUUUCUCUGUGUUUUUAAGGCUCGAUUAUCGGCGAAGUACUCUGUCUAGGCUUUAUCUCGGCCGCCACCCUCUUUAGUGUUUGCGCAAAUUAAUGGUUGCUGGUCAGUAUAAUGUCACAACUGUCCAUUAGAUUUAUUUCCGAGCAACCAGGUGUUUUCUCAUAAACAGCCUCUGUUUUCUCAUCCAAUGACUUCUCAAAUCUCGAUGUUGUCACUUUGGGGGGAAACUGUUUAACAUUCAUCUGUGUUGUCAUUUUAGACCACUGUGGCCUGCUGUGCAUUCUACGUGUAUAAGGUAUAUCCUCUGACUACGGUGGUCUAA